GCCGGGCUUGCUGAGGGAGGUGUGACUGAAACAAAACAAAGCCAAAGGGACGCUGGAUCUAUCAUUGGUUGAUUUUCCUCCUCCUUUUUUUUUUUUUUUUUUUAUGACCAAAAACAACCCCCCACCCGAGCAAACAAACACACACAAAAGCAGAAAGAAAGGGUCUUGCUCAGCAGCAGCAUGGAUGUCUUGGCUAGUUAUAGUAUAUUCCAGGAACUCCAGCUUGUCCACGACACCGGCUACUUCUCAGCUUUGCCAUCCUUGGAGGAAAACUGGCAGCAGACAUGCCUGGAGUUGGAGCGAUACCUUCAGACUGAACCGCGGAAGAUCUCUGAGACCUUUGGUGAGGAUUUGGACUGCUUCCUUCAUGCCUCCUCAUCCCCAGAUGCAGAGGACAAUAUUCAACGGCUGGACCCCAUCCUUCUACCAGUGGAGACGAGUACAUGUGACAAAAGCGCCAGCAUGGACAUUAUCCUCUCCCGUGACAAACUGCUGUCUGAGACGUGCCUCAGCUCGCAGUCCACCAGCUCUUCCACAGAAGGCUACACGGCCGUCAACCAGGCCCAGCUCAAUGCAGUAACCUCAUUAACCCCCCCUUCCUCUCCGGAGCUCAGCCGCCACCUCGUCAAAACCCCACAGACUCUCUCAGCAGUGGAUGGCACAGUGACGUUGAAACUGGUAGCCAAGAAAACUUCACUCAGCUCUGUGAAAGUGGGUGUAGCAACAGCGACUGCGGGGACAAUAAAAGGCGGGCAAAGUGACAGUGAGCAAGGAGGUACAGGGACAGAAGCAUCCCCAGAAAACAAGAAGAGGGUUCAUCGCUGUCAAUUUAAUGGGUGCCGGAAAGUUUACACAAAGAGCUCCCACUUAAAGGCUCACCAGAGGACUCAUACAGGUGAGAAGCCUUACAAGUGCUCGUGGGAAGGGUGCGAGUGGCGUUUUGCACGGAGUGACGAGCUCACGAGGCAUUACAGAAAGCACACGGGUGCAAAGCCCUUUAAAUGCAACCAUUGUGACAGGUGUUUUUCCAGGUCAGAUCACCUCGCCCUCCACAUGAAGAGACACAUCUAAAUAACAGUCAGCUUGGCGUGGAUGUCAUCUGGGCUAAGUGUUGUGAGAUGAAAGUGGAACUCGAGUUACAACGUGCUACCUUACAGGAGAAGAGAACUUGAUCCCGUAUAAUCCUCUGUACAGGGACCACAUGCUCACAGUGUCAUACACCCAGUUACACUUCAAUACCUACAUCAUUUCUUUUAUGCCUUGCCCCAGCUGGAUGGGAGAAGAUGCAGGCGAGGAGAUGGUAUAGAGGUGAUGUCAGUGAAAAAGAACAAUUACUUACAGUACUUCAUCCCUCUUGGAUUUGUUUCCCGUUUUUGCCAGUGGAAAUCAAAGAAAACAGAGGAGGCUUCCCUGCAGUGGACGGCAGUAGGAGGGGCUUAUCUAACUUGCUUCUCAGUGCAACUCAGAAGAAGAAUACAUCGUCUUGAAGUUGCAUAUUUGUAGCACUAACUUUCUUUUUAAAUAGAUGGGGGAAAAACAAUGACCUAGAAAACCAAAUCCCAGUUUGGUAGCCAAAAUUAACCUCUUGGUUUUUUUGUUCUUUCUCUGAGAAUUCCUAAUGUUCAGUGCAUCGGACUUCUCACAGACACUUUGACCUGUCUUGGUUUUGGUUCUUCUUCCUAGAACUGAGUUAUUGAGAUCCUUUUAAGUCAAUUCCAGUGGCCUUAAUGGCAGUAGACUGUGGAGUGACACUUGUGACACAAACAUCCUCUUUUUGGCCUGAGUUUAUGGUUUAUGUAGACUUCACGGAGGAUUAUGUUUUGUUUUUGUUGGUUGUUUUUAUUUCAAUUUUUUUUUUUUUUUUUUUUUUUUUU